CGGGCGGCGACGGGUAGAAUGCGCGGAGGCGCCACUGCCACUAGGUGUAGUCGUGGCCGAGUGGUUAAGGCGAUGGACUAGAAAUCCAUUGGGGUCUCCCCGCGCAGGGCAGGAGCCCGCGCCAUGCAGCACAGCGCCGCGCCCGCCGUGCUGGGCACCACCAGGCAAGUCCAGAAUGCUCACACGGGAAUAGAUCUGUCAGUGCCAGAGUACCAGGAAAUCCGUGGGAAGAUGAUGUCCGGCCAUGUGGAAUAUCACAUUGUAGCUGUCACCCGACUAGCUGCAUUCAAGUCGGCAAAACACAGACCUGAAGAUGUGGUUCAGUUUAUGGUCUCUAAGAAGUACAGCGAGAUUGAGGAGUUUUACCAAAAGCUAGUUGCACACUAUCCACACACUUCUCUGCCACAGUUACCAAGAAAAGUUCUGUUUGUUGGAGAAUUGGAUAUCCGAGAACGAAGAACAGCGUUCAAUGACAUCAUGAAAUCCAUUGCUAAAGAUGUGGAUCUUGCCACGAGCCCCGAGUUAUUGGAGUUUUUAGGAACAAAAUUUACUGGAGUCAUUGACUUUAAGGGUAAAAAUGUUCCUGAUGACAGGGAGGAGGAGGAGGAACAUGAAGUGUUAGAUUUCUUCAAAGAGAGGACAUCUGACACAGUCUCUCAGAUGCCAGUGGUAAAAGGUCAAGGAGCCAAAAAGGAAGAAGAAGAGGAGGAGGAGGAGGAAGAUGUAGAUCCUCUUGGUAUAAUCAGAUCUAAAAAACUGAAGAAGCCCCCACCUCCUCCAGCCAAGGAAGACAGGCCCAAGUUAACCAUUUUUGAUGAUGAAAUCGAUCCAGAUGAAGGACUGUUUGGCCCAGUAAAAGAUUUUUCAUCCACCGGUUCCAAGAAGGACUCAUCAGUCAAAGAUAACCUGAAGUUAUUUGAAGACCCAGACCUUGGUGGGACUGUUAAACUUGGUGACUCACUACUGCUGCCAACUGCCUGUGGACAGAAAGAGCAAAGAUUAAGCACCAGCCUUGAUGAGGACACUGAGGAGCUAUUCAGAGUGGAAGAGGAUUUAGAGAAGAUUUUGAAAAUCAGUUCCAAACCGAAGCCAAAGGUGCCAGCCAAACCCACAUUACCUAAGAAGCCAAUAAUCACCACUCAGAACAAUGUUAGUUCAGUCCCACCAACAAAGCCAAAAGAAGACAAAAUUCAAGCCAUGAGCGAGGUGGACAUUUUCCAGUACAUUCAGGAAAAUGAAUCCAUCAGCAACCAAGACAUGAGUCUUUUUUGAAGCAUUAUAUAUAUAAUGUAUAUAUACAUUAUCAUGUGUAUGUCUGUAUGUAUGUAUGUACGUAAGAGGUAACCAGUACUCUUCCAUUGUCGUUACAUCUGCCAACUUGUCUUGCUUUGAAGAGCAGCACAUUUGAUUACUUCACAAGCUCUAAGCAUUGAAGAAUGUGUGUUUCAACAGGAUGAAAUUCUGGCUUGAAGCUGCUUUAUAUAUUCAGGGCUUUUAAAAAAUAUAUAGACAACGAUGCAACACUUUAGAGUCUAUGUAUUAUAGUCAUGUUAUCCUUGCACUUAUGUAAUACAGCUUUAGAGAACUGAUUGCUAGAGUGGAAGGGACAGAAUGAGGAGUUUACACUCGGAGUGUGAAUAUAGGCUAUGAACAAUACGAGGAACGCAGUGCCUUUCUUUCCUUUCUGUAGUUGUAUAUAAGACAUGUUUUAGCCAACUGGAAAUGUAGUUCCUUUCUCCUUUGUCUGUUCUUCAGCAGCUUUCCUUCCCUUUCUGUCAUUCUGGUGAGUUACAGCCACUUACUGCUUCUGGGGAUAUGUGAAAUUCCUUCUUCCCCCUCUCCCCUUUGUAGUUCAGAAGUGCAUUAAUUCCCCAGGUGGUUGGACUCUUCAGCCAGUUCUUAAAACCACAGGGACAAUCACUUCUACCCCUAGUGUUGAUAUAGGUACACUGUGGCCACAUUUACAAGUGUGCUUUCCUGUGGAGUAGACCAAUUACCUAUGGAGUAAAUUGUUGCCGUCUGCAUGUGUGAUGCUAUUAGGUCUCAGUAAACUAAUUAACAGUACCGUAAGAUAGUAGUGUUGGAGACAGUAGUGCCUUAUGGCAGAGUAAUUCAUAUAUAUGUGAUUCCUCAGGAAAGCUUCUUGGGAAUUUUUCAACAAAAUAGGACAAAACUGCUACAGAGUUUAUUGCUUUGAAUUAAUUGCACGUGUAGAUGCACCCAGUGUUGUCUUUGGUUAUUGGCUAUUUACAGAGUUCAAAUUAUGGGGGAGCUCAGGGGGAGGAGGGGGCUGAUCCCCCCUGUAAGAUUUGAAAAUCUUAACGGGGGGGGG